AUGGCCACCACCCCGCACAUCACAGCCAUAACCGAACUUCCCUCCACUUCCGCGCGCUGGAUCGCCCUCAAGAAGAUCGAAUUCAUCGACCAGACCAACACACCCCGCACGUGGGAAGUCGCCGUGCGCAAGACCACCGCCAAGAAGUCCGGCGUCGACGCCGUCGCUAUUGGAAAUAUCUUGGUAUCGCCUUCCAAACCACCUAGCACCUUGCUGACCGCCGAGGAGGCCGCGGUGCGGGAGAUGAAGGAGGAGACGGGGUAUGAGGGAAGCAUUCUGAGUACGAGUCCGGCGGUGAGUAGCGAUCCGGGAAUGACGAAUGCAACGUUGCAGUUGGUUAUGAUGGAGGUGGAGGUCAAGGACGGGGAGAAGGGGAUGCCGGAGCAGAGAUUGGACGAUGGGGAGUUGAUCGAGCGUGUGGUUGUGCCGCUGGAGGAGUUGUAUGCGAGGUUGGUGGAGUAUAGUAAGCGGGAAAAGUUUAUGGUGGCAGCAAAGCUAUACCACUUUGCCGCUGGGAUGCAUUUCGCAAAGACGAGUGGUUAUGUUUGA